UCGGCGAUCUCUGUCCUCUGAUUGGACGAGCAGUUUUAGCACAACUAGCACCAACUCAGUGUAGUUCAUAAACAUUAAACAAUUCAUCUUCUUAUCGGCUUCUCGGUUGAAUUAUCAUAAUCUCCGCAGUUCUGAGGAAAUCUCGUCUAAACUGGCUUGAGUUUCGUCUGAAUGGCUGAAGCCUCCGUUACAGACACAUCGAAGUUGAAUCCAGAGUCUGCUGAGUUUGUACCACAAGCUAAACCCAACCAGCCCUACUCUAGAAGUUACAGGCAGCAGCAGCAGCACCACACUCAGGACUGGAGGGCUCAACAUGUUAGGCCUCAUCAUCACUUUAGACAGUCCGAUGUGACCAAGCACGGUCAAGAUGAGUCUGAAAACCCAGCCAAUAAUACAUUUCCCCCUCCUGAACUUCCCAUCAGAGGAGAUGUAAGAGGUAGAGGAAGAGGAGGAAGACAAAGAGGAGGACGCGGUGAUGGUAGGCGCAUCAAUGACCAUCGUGCUCCGAAUGAGAGAUGGACAAAACCUGGAAGUGAUAACGACUGCUCAGGAAGGGACCACAGACCCAACUCACCCACUUCUAAUAGAUCCACGGAUGAGGAGAAGAAAGAAAGGACAACUGUGGAAGCCGACGUUAGAGUGUCUUAUCAAGCUAGCCGACGUAAACAGCCCAAUAAAGCAAGAGCUGAGAGAUUGAUAAAGGAGCCUCAGCCCAAGGACCAAGUGGAGAACAGGGAAAACCAGGCUGGUGCAGGAGAUACAAAGCCUGCAGCAGUUCAGGAAAAUCCGGAGCCUGAGCAGAGGAACCAUAAGGGAUGGAGAGGUGGAGAUCGCCGCAUGCAUCCCAAUUCCUGGAGGAAAGGGCCGGCCCCUAACUAUGGGAUUGAGGGUAACUGGAGAGAAAGAGAGCCUGCUCUGAUCAGAGGGGAGGAGAGGAGCGGUGCAGAAGCUGAGGGCGGAAGCCGUGAGGAGUCCAGCAGAAACAGAGGAGGUGGGAAAAGGGAAGAGAGGAGAGGUGCAGAAGCUGAGGGUGGAAGCCGUGAGGAGUCCAGCAGAAACAGAGGAGGUGGGAGAGGGGAGGAGAGGAGCGGUGCAGAAGCUGAGGGUGGAAGCCGUGAGGAGUCUAGCAGAAACAGAGGAGGUGGGAGAGGGGAAGAGAGGAGAGGUGCAGAAGGUGAGGGUGGAAGCCGUGAGGAGUUCAACAGAAACAGAGGAGGUGGGAAAAGGGAAGAGAGGAGCGGUGCAGAAGCUGAGGGCGGAAGCCGUGAGGAGUCUAGCAGAAACAGAGGAGGUGGGAGAGGGGAGGAGAGGAGAGGUGCAGAAGCUGAGGGCAGAAGCCGUGAGGAGUCCAGCAGAAACAGAGGAGGUGGGAGAGGUGCAGAAGCUGAGGGCGGAAGCCGUGAGGAGUCCAGCAGAAACAGAGGAGGUGGGAGAGGUGCAGAAGCUGAGGGCGGAAGCCGUGAGGAGUCCAGCAGAAACAGAGGAGGUGGGAAAAGGGAAGAGAGGAGAGGUGCAGAAGGUGAGGGUGGAAGCCGUGAGGAGUCUAGCAGAAACAGAGGAGGUGGGAGAGGGGAGGAGAGGAGAGGUGCAGAAGGUGAGGGUGGAAGCCGUGAGGAGUUCAACAGGAACAGAGGAGGUGCGAGAGGGAAAAGGCCACUACUGCAGAAUCCAGGGCCGAGAAGAGGCGGGGCUCCUGAGCGACGGAACGGACCGGUGAAGUGCAUGGAGCCUCCCAAAAGCAAAGAAACCCACACAGGUUGUCUAAUUGAGCAGCUGACGGAGGAGAAGUAUGAGUGUAUGGUCUGUUGUGAAGUGAUUCGGGUCAUGGCUCCGGUUUGGAGCUGUCAGAGCUGUUUCCAUGUAUUCCACCUUAACUGCAUCAAGAAAUGGGCUCGCUCACCUGCAUCUCAAGCUGAUGAUGGCACUGAAGGUUGGCGUUGUCCGGCAUGCCAGCAUGUGACACUUAAAGCCCCUAAUUCGUAUACCUGCUUCUGUGGGAAGGUGACCAAUCCUGAGUUUCAGCGCACUGAGAUCCCUCAUAGCUGUGGAGAUAUGUGUGGGAAAAAGAGGAGUGGAGGGGAAUGCAAUCACCCCUGUAACAUCUUGUGCCAUCCUGGGCCCUGCCCACAGUGUCCAGCUUUUAUCAUAAAGUCCUGCAUUUGUGGGAGAAUGAGAAAGCAGGUUCGUUGCAGUCAGACGGGACCUCUGCUUUGUGAGGACGUCUGUGGGGCUCUUCUGAACUGCUCACAGCACUUCUGUGCACAGGUGUGCCAUUCAGGGCCAUGCCAACCCUGCCGACUUCGUGUUCAGCAAGCCUGCUUCUGUGGUGUGGCAUUCAGGGAUGUGGCGUGUGGGACUGAUCGUGAAAAGUUUGAUGGAUCAGGAUAUUUCUCCUGUUGCAAGCCCUGUGGAAAGAUGCUAGACUGCCAGUCCCAUCGCUGUCAGCAGUUAUGCCACCCUGGGCAGUGCCAGUCAUGUCCACUCAGCCCCAAGCUGGUGCACAGUUGUUCAUGUGGACAGACUCCAUUAUCUAAGCUUCUGGAGCUCGGCUACCCAGAAAGAAAGACCUGUACUGACCCGAUCCCCUCCUGUGGCAAGACUUGCAACAAGCCGCUGCCAUGUGGAGAUGGUGAUUCUGUCCACUUGUGUGAAAAGCUCUGCCAUGAGGACAGCUGUGGCCCGUGCUCUUUGACCUCCUCUAUUAAAUGCAGAUGUGGCAGCAACAGCAAGGAAGUUCCUUGUGCAGCCAUUCAGACUGAACAAGACAUGGUGUUUACCUGUGAGAAACGCUGCAACAAGAAGCGCUCCUGUGGCAGGCACAAGUGUGGAGAGUUGUGUUGUGUGGAUGUGGAGCAUAAGUGCUCUGUGAUUUGUGGUUACAAACUCAAUUGCGGUUUACAUCGAUGUCAGGACCUUUGUCACCGUGGCAACUGCCAGCCUUGUUGGCAAACCAGUUUUGAUGAGUUGGCAUGCUACUGUGGGGAGACUGUGCUCUUCCCACCCAUCCCUUGCGGAACCAGGCCUCCUGAAUGUAAAAACUUAUGUACCCGAAGUCAUGAUUGUGAUCAUCCAGUGUUCCAUUCAUGCCAUAGUGAGGAGAAAUGUCCUCCCUGUACCUACCUCACCAAGAAGUGGUGCAUGGGUAAUCAUGAGCAAAGGAGUAAUAUCCCAUGCCACCUGCAGGACAUCUCAUGUGGUUUAGUGUGUGACAAGCUCUUACCCUGUGGUUCUCAUCGCUGCAAGAAGAUAUGUCACCGUGGGGAAUGCCAGGCAGAGGGAGAGUGUAAGCAGCCAUGCACUCACCCUAGAGCCAGCUGUGGACACCCCUGUGCUGCUCCCUGCCACCCAGACACCCCCUGUCCACCCACCAUCUGCAGUGCCAAGGUGGCACUGCAGUGUGACUGUGGCCGAAAGAAAGAGACCGUUCCUUGUGCUGAUGCAGCCAGUUCCUACCAAAGAUAUGCAGCUAUUGCUGUUGCCAGUAAGCUGUCAGAUAUGCAGCUGGGAGAGUCCGUUGACAUUGGACAGCUCACAAAGAAAGAGCAGAGAAAGGCCAGGUUGGAGUGUGAUCAAGAAUGUGCUACACUGGAGAGGAACAGGCGGCUGGCUGAGGCCUUGCAGAUUGAUCAGUCAGUGGAUACCUUCAACAAGUCAGCGUCUUCCAAAUAUAGUGACUCUCUCAAAGAAGAUGCAAGGAAAGAUUUCAAGUUCGUUAGUGAAAUUGAAGAGGAGAUUAAGAAUUUAGUUGAACUGGCUAACAAGGGUAAACAGCCUAAGAGGAGUCACUGUUUUCCACCUAUGAAGCGUGAACACCGGAGAAUUAUCCAUGAGCUAGCGGAGGCAUAUGGUGUGGAAAGCGUCAGUUAUGAUAGCGAACCCAAGCGCAAUGUUGUGGUUACUGCCAUCAGGGGGAAAUCGGUGUGUCCUAACACUAGUCUGGCUGCUUUGAUUGAAAGGGAAUCGGUUUCCAGAGCACCGCCUCCUAUUGCUCACAUCAAACAACACACAAGCAAGGCCGACAAUAGUAAUGCUUGGAUGAAACAAUCUAAAGAGGAGCCCACAAUUGAUUAUUUUGAUGUGCAGGAUUGACAUGAAAUUUUGAAUAAUCACUGUAAUAAUCACACAAAAUAAAACUGUCCAAAGUCCAAAAACUUCUUUUCACUAUAGCAUCACAGUUCAGAACACAAACAGAGUGAGAAUAUAAAGCUAUGAUUUAUGGAAGUGUUUGUUAGGUUUACUAAGGAGCAAACAUCUAGAAGUAAAAAUUGAUGUGGUUUCUGUGCACACAUGAACUUUGAAAAGAAAUGUGGGAUGUAUUUGUAUUCUGAGACUAGACUUUGACAUUAUCAGUGACCUUGACGGUGACUUCUGAUAGACAGCUUACACAAGUGUCAGGAGUGAGUCAGAGUGAAAUUGGACAUGAUUGGCAUCAGGAAGGUUGUUGGUAGUAAUCUCAUUUUACCAUGCCUUGUUAAAGAAGAUGAAAAUAACUGCAUCUCAGCUCCAAUAAAUACUUCUGAAAGCACAA